AGAAGCCCCCGGCCGAGGGCAGGGCGGGACGCGGGGCCCGCCCCGGAAGGCCGGGGGUGCCAUGGCUCCGGGGCGGCGCGCCGCGGACAGCCGCCGCGCCAGGGCGGCGGCGCCGCUACCGCGGCGCCCGUGGCCGCGGCGGAUGCGGCGCGCGCUGGCCGUCGCCGCUUCAGGCUGCGCGCUGCUCGGCGGCGCCUCCUGGGCUCCGAGCGCGUUCAGCUACGCAUGGCGCUCGGGCGGCGACGGGGCGCUGGGCGUCUACGCCACGGAGCGGAUCGGCCGCGGCGAGGUUGUCGAGCGGUGCUACUGCGUGCCCGUGGAGGCGGGCAGCGUCGCGGGCCACUGGCUGGAGCCGUGGCUCUUCGACAGGGGCCCCGGGAGAGGGGAGCUUCUCUUCCCCCUGGGGUUCGGCUGCCUCUACAACGAGGUGCCCCCCGGCGGCGACUCCGCCAACCUGCGGUGGGAAUACCAGGAGGUUAGGGACGCCAGUGGCGUCCUGCGACCCUACCUCGUGCUGAUAGCCUUCGCGAUUAUCCCUGCUGGCCAGGAGCUCUGCGUGAAGAGGCGGCGGACCGGCGAGCACGGCUCCCUCCGCGACGUGCUCGGCAGCUCGCUGCGCUCCCUGGACGCUGGGGGCGACGCCGCCGCCCCCUUCCGGCCGCCUGCCGGCCGAGGAUCGCGACGAGCUGAAGUAAGAGCAUUGAGUUCAGGAGAUUUCAGGCUAGACCCGCCGAGCGGCGUGGCGGUGGCCUCGUCGCCCCUCCACGGCAACGGGGUGUUCGCCACGAGGCCCUUCCGGGAGGGCGAGACCGUGGAGGUGGUCCCGUCGCUCACGAUAUCGUGCUUGGGCCAGGCCUGCCGGAUCUUCCGGGACUACGAGCUGCCCGGCUCCCACCCGAACGCCUCCAGGGUCGCCCUGGGGCACGGCAGCGUCUACAACCACCGCGGGGAGCCCAACGUCUUGCGGUGCGCCGUCGACGCGGGGCCCGGCGCGGCCGACGCGCUGCGGGGGGCGUGCUAUCGCUACUACGCCGCGCGGGACAUCGACGCCGGCGAGGAGCUGGUCGGUCGGAUCCUAUGGCGACGACUGGCUCCAGAGGUGAGGUUGGCCAUCGAAGCACUGCGCGGCGGCGCCGCGAGGGUUUUGAAAGAGGAGCGACAAAUAUUUCGCUAGACCACCUACGCCCAGAUGGCUGGUGAGAUUUCUGAAACGCGAGACGGAGCACGUGUGCGAUCGUAGUCCAGAUGCUUGCACAGGGCGGCAGCGGUACGCCAUGCCAGUUCAGAACAAUUCUGGGCGGGGCGAACCCCUGCCCCAACUUUCUGUGGCGCAACGACCUCGUUCUCUGAAGCGCGAUUCGUUUUUACCCUUCCGGGAUCGUGUGAGCGAUCCAGAUAACAGAUAAUGUCUUCCAAUGGCAAUCGCAUGCGCGACUGCAUGCACGAUGCAAAUGUCGAUGAUCUUGGCUUGCUCUCUCGCCGGUGCUUGAGUUUCCUGCCGUCGGUGGUUCCAAGCGCAUUCGCAGUGCAAAGGGAGCGUCAACCGCGGGAAGACCAUUGUUCCCUCUCUUCUCUCUCUCUUUCGCCCUAUCCCUCAGCCCCUGUUGGUGCGAUAGCGGCUGCUGCAGCUCUGCCUCCUGUUGUUGCUGGUGGCCCCUCAUCCUCCUUUUUGUCCGGGAGGAGGAGCAAGAAUGAGUCGGGCUUUGACGGCCGUGUAGGCCCCGGGGCGCACAGGCGCACACGCGUGAGACCCGCGGCGCGCCGAGCGCUGCCGCAGAGCCGCGGCCCGUCGUCGAGGCCUGUCGUCGCGCGCGGCGGGCGCCUCCUCUGCGCUUCAGCGGCACGCGGCGCCGCUGCCGCGGGUCCUCCUCCACGGGGCUCGGUGGCUUGCCGAUGUCGCCGAGCGCGCUCCUUUUCUCGCAAAAUGCCCACUCGCAGACGUCCGAGAA